UCCCCCGAAAAAAAAAAUCAAAAAAAAAAAAAAAACCAAUUUUCAUUACCACCAAAAAAAUAGGAUAAGCAGCAGACGAGGAGGUGUCGAAAGUGGAUUCCUCGAUCCAUGAAUCAAUCAAUCAAUCCAUCGAUGGUAUGCUCGAAAAUCUCUCAUCGUACUUGAAUUAGCGAUUCUACCGAUCUAAUUUUCAUUACAUCCUCAGAAAAUUAAGAAUUAGGGUUUUUAAUUUUUGUUCUUACAAAAAAAAAAAAUGAGGGAUUUCGAAUUCCCGUCGUGUUUUGGGGAAAAUGGAGUUCAAGUUGCAGAUGCUUCGUCUUCUUGUUCGAAUCUAUCGUCUGUUUCGAAAUCAUCUCAGAAUUCAGUUACCUGUCUCUACAAGUCCCGAUUAUUCGGCAAAUCUUGUCUGAUCGCAGUAAUUUGGAGUCGAAAUUUAAUGGGACAUUGUGUGAGUGUCGAAAUCGACGAUGUUUCUUCUUACAAUUGCAUAUGUAAAGUCGAUGUAAAGCCCUCUCUCUUCUCGAAAAGAAAAGGCUCGAAAUGUCUGCAACUUCUGGGCGCCAUUAAUGGCGGAGUCGAGGUUUAUUGGGAUCUUUCAUCCGCUAAGUUCGGGCCGGGCCCGGAGCCCGUGGAGGGGUAUUACAUAGCCGUUGUGUGUAAGAAGGAGAUGGUUUUGGCUGUCGGAGAUUUGAGGGAAGAAGCGUUGAAGAAAAGUGGGGCUUUUUCGAAUUCGAUUUUUUCGAAUGCUGCUUUGAUUUCGAAAAGGGAACAUAUUUUGGGGAAAAGGGUUUUUACCACUAAGGCUCAAUUUUGUGAUGGUGGCAAAAUUCAUGAUCUUGAAAUCGAAUUCGACAGCGGCGGCGGCGGUGGUGGUGGUGGCGGCGAUGGUGGCGGAGAUCCGGGACUAGUGGUCCGGAUCGACCGGAAAACGGCAAUGCGGGUGGUGCAUUUGCGGUGGAAGUUUCGGGGAAAUUGCGCGGUGACGGUGGACGGGAUGCCGGUCGAGGUUUAUUGGGACGUGCAUAAUUGGUUGUUCGGAUCUUGCGUCGGGAGCGCUGUUUUUAUGUUUAGAUCGGAGAAGGUUGCGGGGUGGGGCGGCGGGAGCCCGAUGUUGUCAGGUUGUCGGGAAUUGGGGUUGUCGACGUCGACGUCGUGGAGUUUCCGGGAUGCCGAGUUGCCGGGGUUUUGUUUGUUCUUGUAUGCUUGGAAGAGUGAAUAGAUUGAAUUUCGAUGUUGUUAGUAAAUAUGAACUAAUGUCUAAUUUAUUGCAACAUUUGUUGUGUUGACAUUGUUGUCGGUGCGGAGGUACUUUUGAAACUUUCGAUUUAAAUUUGGUGGGAAUGUUGUUAAUUUGAAAUUGGUUUAGAUGUAAUGUUGAGUUUAUAGAACUAUUGUUGUUUUAGUUUAGAGAUUUUGGUUUUAAGAGAAAUAGAUUUGAAUUAUUCUAU